AUGGUAGGCCAUCUUUGGACCAUGGGCUUCAACAAUGGCGAUCUCAAGACCCCACUCUUUGACGACGUUGUCCCUACCCUGCGCGCCUGGAAAGCUGCUGGCAAGACACUGGCAAUCUUCUCUUCCGGCAGCGUGCAGGCGCAGCUCCAGUUCUUCUCUCACGUCCAAGACGGCGAUGCUACCAUAGACAUCAAGCCUCUCUUCUCCGCCCACUAUGACACCGUCAAUGCCGGGCCAAAGCUAGAAAAGGCAUCCUACGAGAAGAUUUGCGCAGAGCUGGGUAAAGAUGUGUCCAAGGUCACAUUCUUGACAGACAAUGUCAAAGAGGCCGAAGCAGCAACCAAAGCCAACGUCUACGCCAUCGUCGUGGACCGGCCCGGCAACGCACCCCUCGACGACGCCGCAAAGGCCACGUACCCAAUCAUCCACUCGUUGACAGAUCUGCCCUGA